GGCGCUGCGCUGGUCUGAGUGAACAGAGCCGCCUUAAAGGAGGCAGCCCGCUGAUGUCAGCGUCAGAGAGACAGACCCGCCGCCGGUACAGCGCUGCUCCGCUCCGCCGUUUCAAAUCUCCAUCUGCGCUGCUGCUCUCCUCACUUUUCUUCAGCUCAUGUCUCGCCUGCAUUCACGGGAGUAGCUUAUUUCAGCCUCUUCGCAGACACAUUUCACUGAGCUGUGCCAGUUAAUACCUGAGCCAAAUCCUUGCCUCAGGGAGAGAAAGGUCUGAAUGUCAUUGGGCUUGGGAAAAGAGAGGGCUGAGAAGGGACUUUGGCAUUUAUCCCAGCGACAAUAAAGGAUUUAACUCUAAAAGACAGCUGUUAAAUGGUUCCACCCUGUGUGAGGAGGUCUCUGCUGCUGUUACUCCACAUCCAGGCCUACCCCACCCUUCCUCCCCCUCUGCUAUCGCAGGGCAGCCACAUAAGCGUUGGCUUGAUUCCAGGGAGGCUCCGAUCCUGCAGCCACGUCAAUCACGUCUUCACCGCUGGCUGCGGGGCGGCCCUCGUGGCCGGGAUGCCACUGUGUGCCGUGCCAGUCCACAGUGGACGGUGAGGGACAGGAGGAGGGGACCGAGUGCAGGAGACUGAGAGGAGGCCCGCACCAAACAGGAGAAAUGAACCUCUGCUGGAAUGAGAUCAAACGCAAGUCCCACAACAUCCGGGUGCGGCUAGAGGCCUUCUCCGAUAACAGCGGGAAGCUGCAGCUCUCUCUGCAGGAGAUCAUUGAAUGGCUGACAGCCAAGGACGAGGAGCUGUCAGAGCAGCUGCCCAUAGGAGGCGACGUGGGGGCCGUCCAGCACCAGAGGGAGUUCCACCAGGUAUUCAUGGAGGAUGUCAAGUCUCAUGGGCCGUUCAUCUACUCAGUCUUGGAGUCUGCCCAAGCCUUUCUGGCUCAGCAUCCCUUCCAGGAGCCAGAGGAGACCCUGACCGAUGGAAAAGAGGUGUCUCCACGCCGGCGAAUCUUAAAUGUGAGCCGCUCAGUGUGGAAGCAGGCAAACGUGGCCAGUGACCUGUGGGAGAAGCUGACAGCACGCUGUGUGGACCGCCAUAGACACAUGGAGAGGACUUUAGAGCGUCUACUCCAAAUCCAGGCAGCAAUGGAGGAGCUAGCAGUGGCCCUGGAGCAGGCAGAGGGGGUAAGAGACGCCUGGGAGCCCGUCGGAGACCUCUUCAUCGACUCUCUGCAGGACCACAUAGACGCAACUAAGUUAUUUAAGGAGGAGCUGACCCAAGUGAAGGAGGGCAUGAAGCACAUCAAUGAUUUGGCCCACCAGCUGGCUAUCUCCGAUGUCCAUUUGUCGAUGGAGAACACCCGCGCCCUGGAGCAUCUUAACAGCAGAUGGAAAGUGCUUCAGGCUUCCAUAGAGGAACGGCUGAAGCAGCUCCAGGAUGCACAUCGAGACUUUGGCCCCGGAUCGCAGCACUUCCUUUCCAGUUCAGUGCAGAUACCGUGGGAGCGUGCCAUCUCCCCCAACAAAGUGCCCUACUACAUCAACCAUCAGGCCCAGACAACGUGCUGGGACCAUCCAAAGAUGACAGAACUGUAUCAAGCACUGGCGGAUCUGAACAACAUCAAGUUCUCAGCAUACAGAACAGCCAUGAAGCUGCGGCGAGUUCAGAAGGCUCUGAGAUUGGAUUUAGUGGCACUGAGUAGCCUCGGGGAGGUGUUUCGGGAGCAGGUGCUGCAGCAGGGGGAGCAUGUGAUGGACGUGGUGGAGAUGAUCCACGGCCUGACGGCUCUGUAUGAGAGGUUGGAGGAGGAGAGGUCCGUCCUGGUCAACAUUCCACUUUGUGUCGACAUGUGUCUCAACUGGCUGCUCAACGUCUAUGACAGUGCUCGUAAUGGCAAAAUGCGAGUUCUCAGCUUCAAGAUGGGAUUGGUGAGCUUGUGCAAUGCAGACGUCCAAGAGAAGUACAAAUAUUUAUUCCGUCAGGUGUCUGGUCCUGGAGGUUUGACAGACCAGCGUCACCUCAGCCUGCUUCUCCAUGAAGCCAUCCAAAUCCCCCGCCAGUUGGGUGAAGUCGCUGCUUUUGGGGGCAGCAACGUGGAGCCCAGCGUCCGCAGCUGCUUCCGUGUGGCCCCAGGGAAACCUGCAAUUGAGGUGUCUCACUUCCUGGAGUGGAUGAGCCUGGAGCCACAGUCAAUGGUUUGGCUGCCUGUCCUCCACCGUGUGGCUGCUGCAGAGUCGACCAAGCACCAGGCCAAAUGCUAUGUCUGCAAACAGUGUCCCAUCAAGGGCUUCAGGUAUCGCAGUCUGAAGCAGUUCAAUGUGGACAUCUGCCAGACAUGUUUUCUAACCGGCCGCACUACCAAGGGAAAGAAGCUGCACUACCCCAUCAUGGAGUACUACACACCAACAACCUCGGGAGAGAAGAUGAGGGACUUUGCCAAGACUCUGAAGAAUAAGUUCAGGUCAAAGCAGUAUUUCACCAAGCAUCCGCAGAGAGGUUACCUGCCGGUGCAAUCUGUGCUGGAAGCCGAGAGCUCGGAGACGCCAUGCUCUUCGCCCAAGCUGCCUCAUGCAGACACACACAGCAGGAUUGAACAUUAUGCCAGCAGAUUGGCAGAAAUGGAGAGCCAGAACUGUUCAUUCUUCACGGAUAGCCUGUCUCCUGAUGAAAGUCUCUGGUGUUUGGCUAGCAUCAUACUGUUUUCCCUCCUGAAUCAUGCUACCCGUGUGUGCAGCCUUCACCCUCCACCUGUGUGCAUUGUUCACGUUUUGCUCAUUGCCAGGGAUGAAGAUCAGUACCUCCUGCGUCACUCCAGCCCAGCCCUGGACAAUGACUCACCCUGCGGACAGCACAUGUUGCUGGCCCACCUGGAGCACCAGGACAAGGAUCAGCUCCAAUGCACCCUGGCCCGCCUGGAGAAUGAGAACAGGGUGCUGCAGAGCGAGUACAGGAGGCUCAAGUGGAAGCACGAGGAGGCGGCGUCAGUUCCCAUGCUGACUGAGGCUGGAGAGAGCGGCCCAGGUUCACCCACGGAGGGAGGGCAGCAGGAUGAGGAGCUCCUGGCCGAGGCACGGGUCCUCCGGCAACACAAGACACGCCUGGAGACCCGUAUGCAGAUCCUGGAGGAUCACAACAAACAGCUGGAGUCCCAGCUUCGUAGGCUCAGGGAGCUACUGCUACAGCCAAAAGAUGACUCGGAGGCCAACGGAUCAGAGCCGUCAACUCUGUCUUCUCCCGUGUCUGGAGGGGGUCACCAUGGGGAACUUGCCAGCAGAGAGACCACUGACACUGAAGCAGCAGGAGAUGAUAUGGAGCACGAACAGGAUACGGUGCUGCAGCUCCAGGAAGUCAUCGAGCAGCUGAGAAAUGUCUUCCCUUCAGAACCGGGCACCACCUCACACAUCUAACCCCAAGUGGGCCUGGAGGAGCAGAGUGAAAACCUGAAAGUAUGCCCAAGGGCACAGGGAGGAGCUCCACACAUCUGUGGUCAGGCCACAGUACAACGGGCCCUGUGAUCAUUGCAGCAGCUAUGAUACCCAGAGCUAACCCUUGAAUGGAAUCUGUGCACUAAAAGCCUUUUUCAUGCAAACUGAUAAAGGCUCACACUGAUGUCCGUUUGGCCAGGCUGUGCUUCAUAAUUUCAGUGGCACAGCCUGACACCAUGUUAACGAGCC